AUGGCGUUUUGUUACAAUGUUUACAUUCCAAAUGAUGCUAUUCCAACUGCGCAAACAAAGAUCAAGCUUGCAGAUCGUAUCUUAGUUUCUCCUCUUAUUGUUGGUACUUGGGCAUGGGGAGACAAAAAACUAUGGGGUUGGAACGAAGAACUAAAUGUAAAAGCUAAAGAAGCUUUUGAUAUGUCUUUGUCAAAAGGAAUCAAUAGUUUUGAUACUGCUGAAAUCUAUGGAUUUGGUGAAAGUGAACGUUGCAUUGCUCGAUACAAAGCAGAUCAUCCAAUUGUUGGUACUAAAGAUAUAGUUGUUGCUACAAAAUUUCUUCCUUUUCCUUACAAAUUAUCUUAUCCAAGUUCAUUGAUUAAUGCACUUCGAGCAAGUCUGGAUAGAUUGAAGGUGGACUGUGUCGAUCUCUAUCAAAUUCAUGGUCCCGUUCAUCUUCGUCCUAUUAAUGUUAUUGCCAAUGCAUUAGCUGAAGCAGUCAAACUUGGUCUUAGUAAGACUGUCGGUGUUUCAAACUAUUCUAUAACUGAGACAAUUAGAAUGUAUGAUUGUUUACAAAAACAUGAUAUUCAACUUGCAUCGAAUCAAGUUGAAUUUUCACUUCUUCGACGUACACCAGAGACAUCAGGACUUAUUAGAGAAUGUCAUAAACGAGGUAUUGCUGUUUUGGGAUAUUCUCCACUUGCGAUGGGUCGUCUAACCGGCGUUAUUCCUCUUGGUGGUGCUCGUGAUGGCAAGCAAGCUGAACAAAAUAGUGGUGCUUUAGGAUGGCGUUUGACGAAUGAAGAAAUUUCACAAUUGGAAAGUUAUCAGAUCAAUCCAAAGGUAUCCUUCUUCCAUCGACUUAUACAACAUGGUUGA